ACUACGGCCCAAUCAUCUAUCCAUCGGCCCAGCCCACCACCACAGGUCACAAAAAUUCCCCCUCCCUCACAUAACCCCUAGCCCAGUCGCACACGCGGGAGGCUGCGGCGGCGAGGAGCUUUCCAGCGAGGCGCGGCGGCGGCUUCAAGCGUUGCAGGACACAGCGGCGGCGUUGGCGGCGAUGAGUAUCUCAGGCGAGCUCCCCGGCGGUGGCUCCGACGGCGAGGAGGAGGUCUUCAUCAACGAGGAGGACAUCAUCCACGAGAUAACCAUCGACGAAGAAGAUCUCCCCGACCGCGACGACGACGAUGAAGACGGCGGCGACCGGAUGGAUGAUUCAGAAGACGUCGAUGAUUCUACAUACAUAUUUCAAGGCCACAAAGAUGAAGUCUUCACUGUUGCGUGCAGUCCUACAGAUGCAUCUCUUGUGGCUUCUGGAGGCAAAGAUGAUAGAGGGUUUCUGUGGAGGAUUGGAUCAGCAGAGGGUGCUUUGGAGCUGACUGGACAUAGAGAUACUGUCAGCACAGUAGCUUUUAGUUCAGAUGGGAAUUUGUUGGCCUGUGGAAGUUUUGAUGGGCAGAUAAAUGUGUGGAGUACUGCUACGCGUUCUCUUCAGGGAACCCUUGAGGGUUCUGGGUCUGGUUUUGAGUGGCUUAAAUGGCAUCCACGGGGACAUUUGAUAAUCGCAGGAUCAGAGGACUGUAAUGUGUGGAUGUGGAACGCUGACCAUAAUGCCAUUCUUAAUACCUUUGCUGGACAUAGUAGCACAGUGACAUGUGGUGAUUUUACUCCAGAUGGUAAACUUAUAUGUACUGGGUCGGAUGAUGCAACUUUGAGGAUAUGGGACCCAAGAAGUGCACAAAGCAGACAUGUUGUUCGAGGCCAUGGCUAUCAUACUGAUGGAUUGACAUGCUUAUCAAUUACUUUGGACUCACAAACAGUAGUUAGUGGUUCCAAGGAUAGUUCUGUGCACAUUGUGAAUGUGAACUCUGGCCAGGUCGUUGGCUCAUUAGUCGGACACACCAAUUCGAUUGAGUGUGUUGGCAUCUCAUCAAGCUAUGGCUGGGCGGCCACCGGGAGCAUGGAUCAAAAGCUCAUCAUCUGGGACCUCGCGCAUCAAUCAAACCGAUGCACUUGCGAGCACGACGAGGGCGUGACAUCGCUGGCAUGGCUGGGUUCGUCAAGGUUUGUUGCGUCAGGAUGCAUUGACGGCAAGGUGCGUAUCUGGGACAGCCUCUCCGGUGACUGCGCUAGGGAGUUCAGCGGACAUGCAGAUGUGGUGCAGUCGCUGGCCGUCACCGCCGACGGCAACGCACUGGUCGCUGUCUCAACAGAUGGCUCCGCUCGUGUGUUCGGCAUUUCCAUGUUCAAGUGAAGGGAACUGGGAUGGUGUAGAUGGUUUUUGUGUGUGCUAGGGCUUUAUUUGUGGUGUACGAUGAUGGCAUGGCAUGGUAAUAUGGUAUUGUUGAGGGAAACUUAUGCAAUGAUAUUCUACAACUCAAUUCUACUCCUAUAGUUAUUAUAGAUGAACAGAGAAUGUAUUUGGAGUGUAUUUAUGUCCUGCCUUUUUUUUCUCUA